CUCAAACAUCACGCCAGACCACUAAUGGGUGCAUAAUGCUACGCAAACCUUAGAACGGUAGUCAGCUAAGUUAACAUAGUAUUCAAUAUUUCCAAAUAUUUGAGCAAUUUACUUGGAACAGGACAGUUGAGUGGCUAGAAUACCUUCACUUUUAUAGCUUGAGAUCCUAGACCGCUUCUUAAAACCAAGUUUCUGAAAACCGAAAUAUAAACAACAGUUGUCAUAGUAACAGUAAAUUCAACAUUGUUGAAAAAGUCAGAUGGAGAAUACAAAGCCAACUGGGAUGCGGCGUGCAUCUCAUUGGUCUACUGAAGUCGAAAAUGCAUAUAGGUUUCAGUUGGCGGGUUACAGAGACGAAGUGGAAUAUUUUAACUAUAAUAAUGCUGACCCGGAGAAGUGGACAAAUACGGGAUUUGUUAAAAAACUGAAGCGACGAGAUGGUCUGUUCUACUAUUUUAACAAGAAUAGGGAGUGUUCAGACAAAGAUAUACCGAAAUGCAAACUAUACGUAUAUUAAUAAACAAAAUACAAUUCAGUGAAUAAUAUCCAUCAAGCUUUAUUUCUAGAAGUUCUUGACUGUGCGUACUCUGUUUAACAAAGGGUGUGAAAAUUUUACACGAGGGUAAAGCAACAAUUAAUAAACUAUUUCAACCACAAAACCUGUCGGUGUUUCUUCGCUUGUUGUUUAUUCCUAAUACAAGAGAUUUGCUGCAAUCCUCUGACGUUUUGGUAAGAGAAAGGCUUUUGCCGAUUAUGAGUGGUUGUGUUGACUGCAUACAUAGUCUGAUCAUAGUUGAAACGAAUAUUUUUCCUCAACUCAGUCGAAGAAGAAAGAAGAGCACUGUAUAUUGUUUGACAGUUUAGCUAAAUACUACAUAUUCAUUUUAAAGAAGUCUAAAGAAUGAAAAGCUUUCUUUAAUUGUGACGAUGAGGAUGCCCUGUUUAACCUGCAGGGUCUGGUACUAUGUCAAACCUGCACAGGUUAUUCUAGCCUUUGGACAGACCAAUUUAUUUAUUCUUCUGGAGCCGUAUUUUGAUCUUGUUAAUUAAUCGCUUA